UCGCCGCCGUACUGGGCGCCCGCGCCUGCCCGCGCCCGCCCGGGAACCCCCGGGACCCCGGGAACCCCGGCCUGCUCAGCCAACCGCAGCGGACGCGGAUGAAAACCUUACUGCAAGAGGCGCUUCGGAUCCCUACCGUGUCCUUCAGCCCCGAUCAGCUGAACACUACGGCCCUGAAGGAGUUCAACCAAUUCAUCCGGAAAGCCUUUCCCACCGUGUUCUCCACCAGCUUCAUCCAGUACGAGCUAGUCGGGGAAUACAGCCACCUGUUCACCAUCCAGGGGUCAGACCCCCGGCUGCAGCCCUACAUGCUCCUCGCGCACGUGGACGUGGUGCCGGCCUCCGAUGAGGGGUGGGAAGUGCCGCCCUUCUCCGGCCUGGAGCGCGAUGGCUUCAUCCACGGGCGAGGCGCCCUGGACAACAAGAACUCCGUUAUGGGAAUCCUGCAAGCCCUGGAGCUCCUGCUGAAACGGAACUAUGUCCCCCGCAGGUCUUUCUACGUCUCCCUUGGACAUGAUGAAGAGGUGUCUGGGGAGCGGGGAGCAGUCCAGAUUUCCACCCUGCUGCAGUCCCGGGGAGUGACCCUGGCCUUCAUCGUGGAUGAAGGCGGCUUCAUCCUGGAUGGCUUCAUCCCAAACCUGCAGGGGCCCAUCGCACAGAUCUCUGUGUCAGAGAAGGGCGCGAUGAACCUUGAACUCCGGGUAGAUGCUCCCCCGGGCCAUUCAUCAGCACCGCCCAAAGAAACCAGCAUCGGCAUCCUUGCUGGCGCCGUGAGCCGGCUGGAGCAGACUCCAAUGCCCAACCUGUUUGGAAACUGCGUGGUGGAGAACAUGUUUGAGCAACUGGCCUCCCAGUUUGGCUUCCCUCUCAACAUCAUCAUGGCCAACGUGUGGCUGUUCAGACCCAUCCUGAGAAGGGUCCUCGAGUGGAAUCCCAUCACCAGCGCCCUGGUCAGAACCACCAUUGCGCUCACCAUGUUCAACGCAGGGGUUAAGGUGAACGUCAUUCCGCCCACAGCCCAGGCCUGGGUGAACCUGCGGAUCCAUCCCUCCCAGAACGUCCGCCAGGUGCUGGAGAACAUCCAGAACACCGUGGCUGACCAGAGAGUCCAGAUCCACGUCCACAGCGCCUUCGACCCGCUCCCCGUCAGCCCCUACGAUGACCAAGCCUUCGGCUACCAGCUGCUCCGCAAAACCAUCCAGGAUGUUUUCCCUGAGGUCAUUUCCAUCGUUCCAGGUAUCUGCAUCGGCAACACGGACAGCCGCCAUUACACUAACCUCACCACGGGCAUUUACCGCUUCAAUCCAUCUGUCAUUAAGCCACAAGACUUCCGCAGCAUCCACGGGCUCAAUGAGAAGAUUUCGGUCCAGCAGUAUGAGAAGCAGGUGAUGUUCUUGUCUGAGCUGAUCCGGAAUGCGGAUGUGGAGUGGACCCCCGCGCCUCACUCCUCCCUGCACGAAUUAUAACAGGGCUGGGGGUUGGAGACAAGGGGGAGGCUCUCGGGAACGGGAGUCCAGCGGAGGCCCACCCACCACUGCAGCCAGUCUGGGAGGUGGGGUGGUUCUUUGCCAAACCUGGGAGGUCUUGGCUUCCAAACCCUGAAGAGGCAGAGUUAAGUGGGGAGCGUGAGGAGAGAUGGAAGUGGGACCUCUCCCACCCUUUCCCCGUAACAUCUCCUAUCACCCCUCCCUCCUGCUGGUCAAAACUGGGCCGUGGAAACCUGAGAUAGGAAAACAGACAUCUCCUGAUGACAUUAAUUUUUCUGGGUUGACCUUCUGCUCGCUAAUUCUCUGAUCAUGCAUCUUUCUGCAUUUCUUCAUUGGCCUCUUCUUUCCUUCUGCCUAUGUCCCACUCUGCUUUCCUCUCCCAUAUUUCUCCCUUUGUUUCUGCUGUUUAUCUCUGUUCUAUCUCUCUGUCUCUAGUCUCCCUGCCCCCUGCCUUUCUCUCUAUCUCCUGUAUCUCUAUUUCUUGGACUCACAUAUAUAAAUCCCUCUCUCCUUCUCUCUUCCCCACCUCUCUCGUUGAGUCCAAUUUUGAGGAGAACGAAUGGAAAUUGCAUAUGGAAACUGCAGCUGUUUGCACUCUGAUGUAAUGAAAUAAAAUGAUAUGUACACUAUG